AUCAAAAAUGGUAGGUUAAUUAAGCUAUUUAGUCACAAUAAACCAGUUAUUAGUGAAGUAGAGAUCAUAAUUCAAGUGAAUAAAGUGAAGUACUGAAGAAAAAUAUUGAAUUUCAAGGAGAUAUCAACCAAAAUAAAAAAUGGUACCAAAAGAAUUACGCUUGGCUUCAGAAAAUCAAUAAUUUUUUUCAUAGCUGUAUUUUUAUCGCCUUUCGGCACAUAUCGCUCAUUUAUUUCGGACGAAAAAAAAUUAUUAGCAUAUCUCUAUUCUAUUUUUACAGUCAAAGUCUAACAAGAUGUCUCGCUUUCCUCACGAUGCCAAAGUUUAUGUAGGUGAUUUAGGAUCCAAUGCCGACAAACAAGAAAUAGAAGAUGCAUUUAGCUACUAUGGUCCAUUACGAUCAGUUUGGGUUGCUCGCAAUCCUCCCGGUUUUGCUUUUGUGGAAUUUGAAGAUGCACGUGACGCUGAAGAUGCAGUUCGGGGUUUAGAUGGAAGAACAAUUUGUGGUAGACGUGCUAGAGUUGAAUUAUCAACAGGCAAAUCAGCUCGUGGACAUCGCUCACGAGGUGGACGUGGCAGAUCACCAGGAAGAAGAGAAGAUCGAUGUUAUGAAUGUGGCAAUAGAGGUCACUUUGCACGUGAUUGUCGUCGUCGUGGAGGAGGAGGAGGAGGUCGUCGUGGCAGAUCACGCAGUCGCUCACGUUCACGAGACCGAGAAUAUCGCACCCGCUCGAGAAGUUACUCAAGAUCACCACCACCAAAGCGCUCAAAUAAGAGCCCAAGACGUUCAAAGAGUCCACGAUAUAAUGACUCACGUGUCUCAAAAUCUCCCCGUCGUGAUUCACGUAGUAAAAGCCCAAGAUCUAAAUCUAUGAGUCCACGUUCAAAAUCGCGUAGUCAGAGCCGUGACGAUUCACGCUCAAGAAAUGGAGACGAUUAAGCAGAGAAUUUUUGUCCAUUUUUUAAAAAAUAAUAAGGAGGUCUGUCUUGUUUUCAUCGCUGACUGGACAAGAUUUCACUUCAAUUUUGAAAAUAAUUCACAUAAAGUAAACCAUUUAAUUCCAAUUUAGUUUUUUUUUUGUUUAUCUUCAAAAGAAAACUACCUACGAGCAUCGAAAAGGAUAUAACUAAAGAAGACGUAGACUCAUUUUACUUUUUUCUUUUGUAUGACUUAUGAGUGUAAGAUAUAAGACUUUCUGCUUAUUCCUAAUUUUUAACAUAACUUCUUUCUGCUACGUUCUCUAUCUCCCCAACUCUUUUUAUACAUCUUUCAUAAUUUUUUCUACAAAAACACGAUAUUUAGCACUUAAAACAGACUCACACAAAGCAAAAUUGUGUUUAAUUAUGUCUCAUCAUUUAAUAAUGCCUUUAAUUAAGAAGAAAAAAAAAAGAUGGUAAAAAGAUUUAAUUUUAAGGUUUAUCGAUUUCAAUAAAGUGUUGGACUAGAAAUAGUCCAAUAGUGAAUGCAAA